ACUGGCUGUUCACGUGCACGCGCGUUAUCGCGUUUGGCGCUCGGACGUGUACUGACAAACAGCGUGAACCUUACUUCCACCCCUUUGAGUCUUUACCGGAGCCCGCUUCCCCAGUCUUCAGUCGCUGCUGGAGCUUUGAGAUAUCGCAAACUUUCGCGUACCUUUGGCUGUACCAUACCAACUUCCCCGGCCAUGCCUGAGAUCGCAGAAAUCUCACGCAUAGUGCACUUCCUCCGCAAAUAUGCCGUAGGAAGAACCAUCAAAGCUGUCAAGACCCAAGAAGACAACAUUGUCUAUGGCAAAGUGGGCACAUCAGCGUCUGCCUUCGAGAAAGCCAUGGCGGGCAAGAAAAUCGUCGGCGCAAAGCAGCAAGGCAAAUACUUCUGGUUGGAGAUGGACUCUUCACCUCAUCCGUUGAUGCAUUUCGGAAUGUCGGGCUGGAUGAAGUUCUCCAACGACGAGACUGCUUAUUACAGACCAGCUAAGGCUGAAGAAUCAGAGUGGCCACCCAAGUAUUGGAAGUUCACCCUGGAGUUGGAAGGCGAUCCCGCUUGCCAAGUUGCUUUCGUCGAUGCGCGUAGGUUAGCAAGGAUCAGAUUGGUAGAGGCCAAAGCGGAAGACAUGCGCAAGACUUCGCCAUUGAAGGAAAAUGGUCCCGACCCCGUGCUCGACCCGGAAAUUCUUACCGUCGACUGGUUGAAGAAAAAAUUGCAGUCGAAACGAGUGCCCGUCAAAGCGCUUCUUCUUGAUCAAGCCAACAUCAGCGGCAUCGGAAAUUGGGUUGGAGACGAAAUCAUGUACCAAGCCCGUCUACAUCCGGAGCAAUACAGCAACACCUUUACGGAUGCACAGGUCAAGCAACUGCACGAAGCGAUCAUGUAUGUGUGCAACACGGCAGUUGAGCUGCUUGCUGAUUCGGAUAAAUUCCCCUCCGACUGGCUUAUGAAGCAUCGUUGGGACAAGGGCAAGAAGAAUGGCGCAAAGCUGCCCAAUGGCGACAAAAUCACAUUCUUGAAAGUAGGAGGGAGAACUUCUGCUGUAGUCCCGAGCGUACAGAAGAAGACCGGGCUCGUGGCCGGAGAUAUCUCGGACGAGGCUGACGGGACUGGAGACGAAGAGAACGCACCAAAGAAAGCCACGAAAAAGAGGGGCCGAGCCAAAAAGGAGGUUGAAGAAGAUUCCGAGCCUGAAAUUCUUCCAAAAAGCACGAAACGGGGCAAGAAGAAGGGUGAUAUAGCGGUCAAGGAUGAUCAGCCGGUCGUGAAGAAGCAAAAGUCGACGACACCACGGAAAGCAAGAAAGGUAGAGCAAGAAGAGUCAAUCAAGACCGAAGAAGACAGUGGACGCAGGCGCUCCGGACGCCUUUCAAGGGAAUAA